AUGGCUCCAACUCCGGUUCAACGGACUCAGGGAAGAUACUUGAGUCAACUCGGAAAAAGCAAGACGAGAAGGCACCCUUUCCCCGGUCAGGAUCGGAUGGCUCUAAUCCCGGGGUCGGAUGGUUCUAACUCCGGUUCAACGGAAUCGGGGAAGGAGGGUGUGAAGGGGAGGGAGGACCAGAGGGAGCGGAGAAAUGGGCAGGGGAAGGAGGGGAAGGAGGGGAAAGAGGGGAAGCAUUGUAAGGAAGGGAAGGAGGGGAAGCAGCGGAAGGAAGGGAAGGAGGGUAAGCAGUGGAAGGAGGGGAAGCAGUGGAAGGAGGAAAAGGAGGGGAAAAAAGAACGAUAUCCUCGGUCGGGAUCGAGUGAGUCUAGUGAAUGCAGAGAAGAACUGGAGGAGGAAGGGCGAGAAGGACAGGGAACGGAGAGGAUGGAGGGUAAGGAGGGGAAGGAUAGUAGAGAGGGGAAGGAGAGGAAGGAGGGAAAGGAGAGGAGGAAAGGGCUGUUUCCUCGUGUUGGUUCUCAUGACUCAGAGGAAGGUUCUCGGAAGGAGAGUGGGGCAGUGUUGUCUCUGUUUGGAAAGAUGGCAACCGGUAAAUUUGCGAAAGCUGAGAAGCACUCUGUGAAACAGUCCUCUCAGUAUGAUUCCCCUUCUCCUCCUCAGCGGCAGCAGAGAGAGCAGGAAAACGAGGAAGGAGGCAAUGCGUGCAAUGGCUCAGAGGACAAGGAGGAGAGGGAGAGUGUUGGGGAGAAGCAGAAGAAGGCAGGGACAAAGCAGGGGUUUCUCAAGCGGCCUCUGGCUCUUCUCAGCAAAGUGUGCCGUUCCUCCGUUGCGCCGCACACACUCGCCACGCCGCUGCGCGCCGAUUCGCGCGCGCGGAAAGGCGCGGUUGCAGCUGUUGCCGUGCCGCGAUCAGCGUCGAGUGUUAAGCUCGAUGCUCACAUGGCGAGCCGCGCCCACGUGGGCGCGAAGCAGCUGAUGGGUCAGACCCUCCAUUCGGCGACGGAAGUGCUGCGAUCACGACACGUGGCGGGAGAGGAUUCGUGCGGAAGAAGAGGAGUUGUCGAGAUGGUCAUUCCGUUUCAAAAGGGCGAGGCGACACAGCAGCCGCCGCCCGACCUCCCCUCGUACCUCUUCAAGAACCGCAUCGUGUUCCUCGGCAUGUCGCUCGUGCCCUCCGUCACGGAGCUCAUCAUGGCGGAGCUGCUGUACCUGCAGUACGACAGCCCUGAGAAACCAAUUUAUAUGUACAUCAACUCGACUGGCACUACCAAGGACGGUGAGAAGCUGGGGUACGAGACAGAAGCGUUUGCCAUCUACGAUACCAUGCGCUACGUGAAGCCGCCAAUCUUCACUCUCUGCGUGGGCAACGCGUGGGGGGAGGCGGCGCUGCUGCUGUCUGCUGGGUCCAAGGGCAACCGGUCGGCACUGCCAUCCUCCUCCAUCAUGCUCAAGCAACCCAUCUCUCGGUUCCGCGGGCAGGCCACCGACAUUGACAUCAUGCGCAAGGAAGUGCGGAACGUGAAGUCUGAAUUGGUGAAGCUGUACUCGCGGCACACAGGCAAGUCGGAGGAGACAAUCGAGCAUGACAUCCGGCGUCCCUUGUACCUCACGCCUGAUGCUGCUGUGGAGUAUGGGAUCAUUGACAAGGUUCUAGACACGGACGCCAAGAACGACAGUGUUGUGGACUCCCUUCGCAAAAGACAGCUUAUUUAG